ACAAUGCGGCUCAAGAUAUCGACGAUCGUCGAUUCCUAUAUAUUUUAAUUCUUCAAGCCAUUGGUUUAUAGAUCGCCUCGGGACGUAUUCAGUAUGGUUUGAAAUUGAAUGGAUAUAUAUACAAUAUCAGCUAAUGGAGUCAAGCAGGUCAGCAAGUGGGACCAAUAAAGAUAGAGACAAAGACGAAUCAGAAAGCAGAUGCUCAGAGACGCUUUCUUUUUGUAAUGAUGAAGAGGAAGAAACGGAUAUUAACUAUGAACUUUCAGUAUUUUUCGAGCAUUUCCAUUCUUUGUUGAAACAAUUUGGGAAUGACGAUGACUUUUGGCAGUUUCAUGAUAACGAUGAUGACGAGGCAUUAGACGUUGACGGUACCGAAAAAUGGGAUCUGAAGCGUUUCACUUGGGCUCUUGUUAAUAUAGCCGAAGAGUAUAAUGGGAGUGUCUCAAAGAAAGUUCUUUCAAAUUUUCGCCGGAAGAUAGGCGAUUCAAUUGCAGAGACCGCAACAGCUGAUGGGUUAUGUUCUUAUAUAAUAAAAGCCCUAAAAGAAAUGAUGAAUUCGAAGAGUGAAGAUCUCACAAUUACUGCUACGUUGAAAAACGUAGUGACGUGCCUUGGAAGUUUUACAGAGGUAUCUUUACUUUUAUGCGAAAAGCUAUCCAGCAUGAGGAGGUUUCUCGAGACAAGCAAGCAGUUUCUGGCUCAAGAGGGCAUCUUCAACAGAAUCAAGAUCAAUAAAGUCUACGAAACUGAUAACCCAGGCAUGUCGUUUCUGUAUGAUUUCUUAGCUCCGUUGCUAUAUAUUGCCUCAAGAGAUGAACUAGUUAUUGCGUUGAAAGACGUCGGAUUCACAGAUGUUUUGAAGGAGUUUCUGUCCAAUGAAAGCCCUGACAUUUGGAUGCAGGUUCUGACAUUGCUAGCAGCCUUAGUUACAGAAGAAGAAUGUGAUAUUAUACAGUCAAACAAAGAGCGAGUUGAGGAGUUAUUGAAUGUGCUGGCAGAAGGAUUGGAAGAAAGCGAGAUACGGGUAGGAGGCUGGUCAUGCCCGCGUGCUGUUGCUCAUACUUUUCGUUUGUUGGCGAGGAACGAUGCAAACAAGAGAAUGCUUGUAGAACUGGGUGCUUUUCAAGUGCUGAGUAAACUUGGAAAGGUCAAACGCAAAGAGGAAACAAUGGAAUGCUUGCAGUUAAUUUGGGUACUCUGUUAUGACAAGGAAAACAAGAAAGAAGUUGUCGACAAUGAAGAACUUGGACUAGUGGAUCUUCUCCUUGAACUCCAAGAAAGCACUGAAAAAGAUAUUGCAUGUGCCUCUUGUAAUGCGUUGUGGACUAUAAGAGAUGAGCUGACCAAAUCAAAGAACAGGCGUUUCAGGAAAAUAGGUGAAACAUACAGUCAAUCGGCAAAGGAUAACCACACAAGAAGUCAAGUGAAAUAUCGCUUAAAGUCUAGUGAUACUACAAAAACGGGCGAAAAUAAAAAUACAUUUUCAAAUAAAGUUGACCAUGCUAUUUUUAAUGCGGAAUCAAUACUGAGACACGAAAAAGCAAAGAAACAUAUCAUGAUAUCCUACGAUAAGAACCACAGAGAAGUUCUGUUGAAAUUAAAAGAAAAUAUUUCUAGACGUGGAUAUUCAGUUUGGAUGGAUGGGGACAUUAUGUCAGGCUCCACACUCGACGCAAUGACUCGCGCUGUAGAAGGAGCUGGAAUUGUACUGAUCUGCAUAUCACAGAUGUACAAAGACAGCAAUAACUGCCGUGCUGAAGCCGAGUAUGCCUAUACACUGAACAAAACACUUAUCCCACUGUGCAUGGAACGGAACUACAAGCCUGACGGGUGGCUGAGAAAGUUAAUUGCGUCAAAACUAUUAUUUGAAUUCAGUGGAGAAUCUGAGGAGAAAAUGAACAAAUUGCUUAAAGAAAUAGAUAUACAGUAAGCAGUAUCUUCAAAUUCCAAGAUAAAGGGUUCAGGUUGUUCAGCACAUGGAACCAAACAAGAUGUCGAAAAGGACGAGACAGAAAGCAACCGCCCUAAAACGUCUUUUUCUGGCAUUGUUGACCGGAAUGUACCAGAUCUUGAUGU